AUGCCGAAACGAAAGCGCGAAUCGCCUGCUCCCGCCGGACGACACCCCCCACCUGUUGUAGUCACGCAUGCGAAACAAGCCAAGUACUGCCAAAAGCGCCUCGAAGCUGCGCAAAAGCCGCUCCUCGCAGCUUUGAAACAUGGCUCCGUGCUGGAGCGCCAGAAGCACAGUCGCAGGAAGAAGGACGCGGAGAAGAAGGGCGACAAAAAGGCAAUAGAUCGACUGGCUGCUGAGUACCAAGUCCUGAAGGCGCUGAACCUAGAGCAGCUGGGCGAUCAGCAUUUGCGCAAAACUUUGGCAAGGGUCAAAAGCUUGAAGGAGGCGGAGCCUCUACGAGAAUACAUUGCUGGCAUCAGAGAAGGAAGCAAGGAUACCAGCACGCUCAAUGUUACGUCGAGGUUGGUCAAGGUAGUGCAGGUGAAGAAGGUGGUGGAUGGGGUCAUUGAAGACUUGAAGCGCAGUCUCGGAGUCGAUAAAGUCAAGGGCAACAACCAGGAGGGCGAAGAGGACAAAGCUGCCAAGACAGAGGGUGCGAAGAAGCAGAAGGAUGACAACAAGGCGAGGAAAUCAAAGUCUAUCGAGAAGGAGGACGUGGAAAUGAAAGACAUCAGCGACGAGGGCGAUGACCCAUACAUGGCUUUCAGCGCGCGGAUAGCAGCGCCGUCUUCAGGAGAGGAAGAUAGCGAGGGCUCGGUAUCGGACGAUGAGCGACCACCCAGUAUCGGAGACAGCGAAAGCGAACACGACCCGGACGACGAUCUGGAGGCCGAGAGCGAGGAUGAAGAGGAAGAAGUUGCACAAGCAGACGAUAUCAGUGACAACGAGGAGGAACACAGUGAGGAGGUAGCCAUCUCUCGAGCAGUGGCUCCCGCUUCAGACGAGUCCUCUGCCGAUUCAGACUCCGACUCGGAAUCUGACGAGGCCGCGAUACCCACCAAGAAGAGCAAAACCAAAGCCGUCGCCGAGAAGCCUACCUCUUCCGCGUUCCUUCCCGCCCUCAGCCACGCCGCCUACUUCAGCGGAUCCGAGUCCGAAGCCUCCGACCUCGAUGUUGAUACAGCUCCCCGCAAGAACCGCCGCGGCCAACGCGCCCGCCAAAAGAUUGCUGAAAUGAAAUUCGGCGCAAAAGCCAAACAUCUCGAGAAAGCACAACAGAACGUCAAGUUCGACCCCAAACGAGGAGCCGUUGCCGGUGAUGGCAAGCGUCAAAGAAGAGGCAAGCCAAUGGGUCCUGGUCUCCAACAAAGUGGAAGUAACGCGGAGCCGCUGGGUAAGAAAGAUGAUAAGAAGGAUAGGAAGAUGGGGCUCGGGGUCAAGAGGGAUGACAAAGGUGAACUGCAUCCUAGUUGGCAGGCUGCGAAGAUGGCUAAGGAGAGUAAGAAGCUCAAGAUCGAUGUUGCGGGUAAGGGGCCACCGCAAGGGAACAAGGUUGUUUUUGAUUGA